AUGGGUUGUGGAGGAUCCAAAGUAGAUGAUCAACCGCUAGUGAUUCUCUGCAGAGAGAGGAAGGAACUGAUUAAAGCGGCGUCGUAUCAUCGUUGUGCUUUGGCCGCUGCUCAUCUCGCUUACUUUCAGUCUCUCUGCGACGUCGGCGAAUCUAUUAAGCGUUUUGUCGACGAGGAAUUUGUCGUUGCUGGCUCUGCUUCUUCGCCGGAUUCGCCGGUUCUUACUCUUCCGUCAGACGAAGGGAAGCCUCAUAAACACAAGAUCUCGUCUUCUUCGACUUCUGUUUCGCAUUCGCUCGUUGAAGACGGAGAAGAAGAAGAGGAAGAAGGAGAGGAAGAUUCGCAUCUGCAUUUGUCUUCUGGAUCCGAGUUCGAUUCGGGAUUUGAAUCUGGAUCUGACGAGUCAUUGGGUCAUAUCCACAUUGAAUCCAGCCCUAAAGCGGAGAAGGAAGAACAACGAUUACCGGAAACUUUCCCACGCGGUUAUCCACCCGGUUACCCGCCCAGUUACCCGCCCAGUUACCCGCCAAAUUACCCGCCUGGUUAUGCGCCUGGUUUUACGUCGGGGUAUCAACCGGGUUAUGCACCGGGUUACUCAGCCGGGUUUCAGUAUCCGACUGAAGGAUGGGGAUAUAUGGGAGAGAAUCCGAAUUCGAACCCGUACCCGAAUCCGGGAAUGUAUUUUAUGAAGAAGUCGGCGCCACCAUCUCGACCGGUAGUAUUUGAACCGGAAAAUUAUCGAGUGGAGAACGGGCAGUGGCUGCCGGAGAAUGGAGUCGGAUACUCCAAUUACUUCCCCGGAAACAGUAAUACCGGGUAUUUCGGCUACCCGGAACAACGUAGAGCGCCGCCAUCUCCGGCGAGGCCGCCUCCGUCUCCGCCUACGGUUUCCUCUUGGGAUUUUUUGAAUGUAUUCGACACUUACGAUUACAACAGAGCUGGAGCCGGCGAAAUCUCCGGUGCCGGUGCUGGUGGAGGUAAGUCAAAUUCGAGCAGUCCUGAUUCGAGGGAAGUGAGAGAGAGGGAAGGGAUUCCGGAAUUGGAAGAUGAAACAGAGCAAGAAGCCAUUGCGGAAACAUUCAAACAUUCGAAGAGGAAAGGCAUGGAGAAAGUUGAAGAACAUAGACAGGAGAGCGAGCUCGGAAAUCGUGCCCAACGGGAAGAGAUUCACGAGAGAAAGAUGAAGAAAAGAGGAGAUUCAGGUGAAGGAACAUCAAGGGCAGUGCCUGUGGUUGAAACGGCCAACGAGAGCUCUUUUGGUUCAAAGACCGUCUCAUCGUUUUCGAGCAGUGAAGAAGGAUCCGAGUUUCAUCAUGUUGAUGAUGGAGAAGAAAAGAGUAGCAGCGGCAAUGAUUUAAACGGGCACGAGACGGUUGCUAGGAAGAGCGUUGGAGAAGUAGUAGAGGAAGAAGAGUACGUGAGGAAGAAAGGAGUGAGCUUUGAGUUGGAUGAGAAUGGAACAGCUUCUUUUGGUGUUGAAUCUUCCAAGAUAAGUAGCUUGUCUGCAUUGUCGGUUCAUGCCACUAGAGAUCUCAGAGAAGUUGUCAAGGAGAUCAAGAGCGAGUUUGAAGUUGCUUCUUCACAUGGCAAGGAAGUUGCUGUGUUGCUUGAGGUCAGCAAGUUGCCUUAUCAGCAGAAAAGCUCUGGCCUCAAAGUUAUCUUCUCUCGGAUCAUGUAUCUGGUAGCACCAACGACAUCACGCUCUCAGCCUCAAUCAUCAAUACGGUUAACAUCUAGAGUACUGAAAAUUGCAAAAGCAUACAAUGGUCAGGACGAAGGCUUUAGUGGGAACCUCUCAUCGACCUUGGAGAAACUCUAUGCUUGGGAAAAGAAACUCUACAAGGAAGUCAAGGAUGAAGAGAAGCUUCGUGUCAUCUAUGAAGAAAAGUGCAGAACAUUGAAGAAACUGGAUAGUCUUGGUGCUGAAUCUAGCAAGAUUGACACUACUAGAGCAUCCAUUAGGAAGCUGCUAACGAAACUCGACGUCUGUAUAAGAUCCGUUGAUUCCAUUUCCAGCAGGAUACAUAAACUGAGAGACGAAGAGUUACAGCCACAGCUCACUCGACUGAUUCACGGGUUGAUAAGAAUGUGGAGAUCAAUGCUUAAGUGCCACCAGAAGCAGUUCCAGGCGAUCAUGGAGAGUAAGGUUCGGUCUCUAAAGGCAAACACCGGCUUACAAAGAGACUCUGGUCUGAAAGCUAUUCUUGAUCUGGAGAUGGAGCUGCGAGAAUGGUGCAUUAGCUUUAACGAAUGGGUCAAUACUCAGAAACUAUAUGUGGAGUCUCUAAACGGAUGGCUCUCGAGAUGUCUUCACUAUGAGCCUGAGUCAACAGAGGACGGAAUCGCUCCUUUCUCUCCCAGCCGUGUUGGAGCUCCACAGGUUUUCACCAUGUGCAAAGAUUGGCAAGAAGCAAUGGCGAGAAUCUCUGGAGAGAACGUUACGAACGCCAUGCAAGGGUUCGCCUCGAGCUUGCAUGAGCUAUGGGAGAGACAAGACGAGGAGCAAAGGCAGAGAGUGAAAGCAGAGUAUGUGUCGCAUGAUUUUGAGAAACGUUUGAAUGAUCUUCGGAUGGAGAGGGCGAGAGUGAGAAUGAGAAAUGAGCAGCUACAAGACGGCGGUGCAUCGGAGAGAAGCGUGGUCUUGUCUGAGAGUGGGGUCUCGGCGUUGGAUGAUUUGAAGGUGGAUUUGGAUUCAAUGAGGAAGAAGCUUGAAGAAGAGAGAGCAAGGCACAAGGAAACCAUUAAACUAGUGAACAAUGCAGCUUCAAGCAGCUUACAAGCUGGUUUAGUCCCAAUCUUUGAGGCUUUGGGGAAUUUUACUUCACAAGUUGUGAAAGCUCAUGAACAUGUUAGACUUCAACAACAACAACCUCAGUCUUCUUCUACUUCAUGA